AUGAAGUUCCUCUUCGCCAGGCUUGAACCACACUGGAAAAUAAUCUUUCAAAAAGGCGGGCGCGCGUCGGCGUGGAGCGAGGAGGUGAACCGGGCCAACAAGGCGGCGCUCCUGGCCUGGGCGGAGGAGACGGGCACCGUGCUGGUGCAGGUCAACGGCCAGAGGAAGUACGGGGGGCCCCCGCCCGGCUGGACCGGGGGGGCCCCGCAGUGCGGCACGGAGGUGUUCAUAGGCAAGAUCCCGCAGGUCAUCUACGAGGACCGGCUCAUCCCGCUCUUCCGCAGCGCGGGCAAGCUCUACGAGUUCCGCCUCAUGAUGACCUUCAGCGGGCUGAACCGGGGCUUCGCCUACGCCAAGUACGCCACACGGCACAGCGCCCAGCAGGCCAUCGCGGCGCUGAACAACUUCGAGAUCCAGGCCGGCUCCCGCCUCCUGGUCUGCCGGAGCACCGACAAGUGCGAGCUGUGCAUCGACGGCCUGGCCGCCACGGUGAGCGAGCGCCAGCUCUGGCCCAUGCUGCAGGAGCUGACCGCCGGCGUCCUGAGCGUCGCCCUGCACCCGAGCCCAUUUCGCCGGCAGAGGCAGCUCGCGGAAGUGAAGUACAGCUCCCACCAGGCUGCCGCCGUGGCCAAGAAGGCGCUCGUGGAAGGCAGCUUGCGUGUUUGUGGGGACCAAAUUGCAGUGGAUUGGCUGAAGCCCAAUCUAAAACAGGAACUCCACAGCACCUCGGUGCAGACCAUCCCGGAGGUUCUGCCAUCCGCUUGCGGUGACAGAGUGAUCCCCAGCCGGCUGUCUCCUGAGCUUGCGGACUGCCACAGGCUGCCACCGGCGAGCAGGGCAGUGGAGUACCUGAACUCUUGGUGCAAGGAGCGGCAGCUGGGCCUUCCUGUAUUCCUCACCAAGUGCCUUCAGGGAGGCCCUGAAGGCAGCUUGCAGUUCUGGUAUCAGGUGGUGAUCCCUAAAUACCCAUUUCCCUUCAGCGGGUUCAUCUGGGUCAAGUCUGAGUCCUCCGGCUCAGGUGCACAUGAGAAGGCCAAGAAUGCGGUGGCGCUGCAGCUGCUCGGAGCUCUGGGCUUCCCGGCGGCGUGAGAGGCAAGCUACAGCAGGCGGCCGAGAGGCCUGCGCAUCCCGCCCUGGCUGUCCCAGCUGGCCUCGCCUCACAGGGCUGUGGCGAGGGACGGGCUCUCAUGCAGAAGCACUGCUUUUGGGAUUGCUGUUCUGGUUGUUUUUUGCGAUUGAAGAUAUAUUUUGGUAUUUCCGGUUAUAGUUUAAGGAUGAGGAAUAACAUUUCAGUUCUGCAGUUGGCCUCUGGGGCUUGGGAGGAGGCAGGGGUCUGCUGAUUUGCCCGGCAAGCAGCAGGGUGGCCAAGGGCUCAGCAAUGGAUUCCCUUCCUAAAGCAUCUUUCAGUUUCAAGCUUAUGGUUUAUUUUGUUUCCUUUCUUAAAACAUUGUUUUUCUUUGUAUU